AUUUAAUGUAAGGUCUGAAGUUAAAGUAGUAGAUUGGAUUGAUCUUAAGAAAAGACUUUGAUGCUAUGCCUUUAAUCAAAUAAUUGAUGGAUGAAUCCUUGAAUUAGCCUUUGUUACUUUUAAAUGAUGAAGAAUAAAUGUGGACUUAAAUCUAGAGGGCAAUUGAAAUUCUAAAUCAAAAGAGUCUUAAAAAGUUAAAAUAAAUUGAGGAAAGAGCAACAAAAAUAGCAGGUCAAGUAGUAGAAGAGUAAGAGGAAGAAGGUUAGACUGAAGAAUAGGAAUAAUUAGAAUAAUAAUCAGAUGAAGAUGGGGAAGGAGACGAUGAGUAAUAGGAGGUCAAUGAAGAGGAUGUGAAUGAGUAAGAGGAUGAACAUCAAGAGAUGGAAUAAGAAUUUGAUGAGGAUGGAGGAAAUUUUAGAUUUGAGAAAAAGUAAAAAUAAAAGGAUGAUUUUGAUGAAUUUGAGAAAUACAUGCAAGAUUAUGAUGAUGGAAAGAUGGGUAAAAUUGAUUUAGAUGAUGAAGAGAUUGAUGAGGAUGAUGUAGAUGAAGAAGAAAAUGAAGAAGAAAAUGAUGAAAAUAAUAAUGAAGGGUAAUAAAUUAUAUAGAUAAUAUGAUAGAGAGGAUUCAGUAUUUGAUGAUAUGAGAGAAGAAGAAUUAGAAUAAGCAUAAGAUUAAGAAGAAGAAUAAGUAAAUAAUGUUAUUGAGGAAGAAGAUGAAGAAAUAAAAAACUUAGAAGAACAAAGAUUGAAAAAAAAAGAUUGGCAAUUUGUAGGUGAAGUGUAAGCUAGAUAGAGACCAUUAAAUUCUUUGAUUGAAUAGGAUUUAGAUUUUGAUGUGAAUAGAAAAGUAUUAGAAGAAACAACUCCAGAAUAAUUAAAUAAAUUGAUAGAAAUGAUCAAGUAUAUAAGUUUAUUAAUUAAAUUAUAGAAAGAGAGUUUAAGAUGAAUUGUUUGAUGAUAGAUAGAAAGUGUAAAUUAAUUUGAAUUCUCUUGAGAAACCAGUUGAUUAAGUUGAUACAAAUAAGUCGCAGUUUGGAUUAGCUGAAUUAUAUGAAAGACAAUUUAAACAAGCAUUAGGAUUACCAACAAAUACUAGUGAAUAGAAAUUAAAACAAGAGUUAUUUGAAUAAUUUAGAGACUUAUGUUAUAAAUUGGAUUCAUUAACUAAUUUAAACUUUGAACCAAGAGGAUUUGUGAAAUAAGCAGAAGUUUAAGUGUUGGAUAAUAAUGUGGUUUAGAGAGAGGAGAAAGUUCCAAUAACAGCAAGAGGAGAAUAGUAAGAGGAUGUGGAGAAGAUCAAGAAGGCAGGUUUUUUAUCUAAGGAAGAGGCAGAUCAUUCAUUGAAUAAGAAGGGUAGAAGAAUGGCUAAAUAGAGAAAGAGAAAUAAGGAGAGAGAGAAAAGAAGAAGUGGGUUAGUUAAGAAAUUGGAAAGUAGAGGUGAGACUAAGUUUAUGUAUAAUCAACAUCAAUAAGGGAAGAAAUAGAUGAGUUUCAUUAAGUAAUAAAAAAAUAAGGAAAGUGUUAAAUUUGAUAAGACUAGUACUUUUUUUAAGAAUUUACAGGAGAGUGGAGUUAAUAGAUAAGGAGAUAUUAAAAAUAAGAAAGGUGGAGAUAAAUCAAGUGGAGAUAUAAAAAGUAAGUCUAAAUAAAUAAAAAAACAAUGA